AUCGGUCACCAUCAGGAGCAGGAGGAGGGGGAGGAGGACACAGCACAGCAUGUUUACAGUUCACUUCAUGUUGUCAACCAUCCGCCAGUGUUAUUUAAAUUUAUCGGAUUAACUGAAGUCGGUUGGAGGAGGUGGAGGACGAUGCUACGGUGUGUCGCAGGGCGGCUGUGUGCCCCGGCUCUGGAGCAGACUCUCGGCUUACACAAAGCAAACAGAGCGAGGUGCGUCACCCUGACAUUACACAAGGGUCAUACGUUUGAGUGCAGCAGCCGGUCUCUGUGUGGAGUCUCUGUCGGGUCAACACCUGCGCACCUGAGGAAGCGGCUGCCGCAAACUGACAGCUGUGGAGCAGCCGGGUUCGUACCCGCGGACUGGAGACGUUUGGAACGAGUCUUGGACAGUGAGGGCGGGCAUUUAGAUUUAAUCUGGCCGUGGUCGCUCGGCUGGAGAAGGCGCCACAGCCCCCUCAGCAGCAGAGCGGAGCCUCUGGGUCAUGUUACGUUCACAGGUAACGGAGGAGUCUCCAUCAGCAGGACCAUGCACGUCAGAGCUUCCUCCACGGCUGCAGCUCCCAGGAGGAGCGACGACAGAGAGGAGGUCUCCACUACAGGCACUAACUUGACGGAGGAGCGAAAUCUGAAGGGCUCGUCUACCUCGUCCCCAUCUCGUGAAAAGGCCCCAGAGAGUUCUGAGCCAGAAGGAGGGAAGCCCAGCAAGACCCAGCAGCUGAAGAAAGUCUUCAAGGAGUACGGAGCAGUCGGAGUUUCCUUUCACAUCGGGAUUUCCCUCAUGUCUCUGGGAAUGUUCUACCUCCUCAUAUCCAGUGGGCUCGACAUGGCCGCCCUGCUGUGCAAACUGGGCUUCAGCGAGGCGGUGGUCCAGUCAAAGAUGGCAGCGGGCACCAGUACGUUCGUCCUGGCCUACGCCGUUCAUAAGCUCUUCGCUCCGGUACGCAUCAGCAUCACGCUGGUGUCCGUGCCUCUGAUCGUGCGCUACUUCAGAAAGACUGGUCUCUUUAAACCUCCGCCACCUUCGCCCUGAUGAUGACAGAGUCUUCACGGUCUAAACACAGGUUUCGUUUUUAUCUCAUUGCAUUAGUGAAUUCAGCUCAAAUGUUUCCAGCGUUAGUUCUCGUUUCAAAGUAACACGAAGUGGUUCCUCAGACAGCCACGUCUUACUGUGAGUGUUUCCCCGACCCUGAAGCUAAAAGCACAGAAUGGUUUUUAAAGCUCAAAUGUUUGAAGAAGUCGAGAGUUAGAGCGGUAAUCUCUACUCCGGCCGCCUUUCUCUCUCACUGUGAAGGUUGCCCAGAGGUGUGAAAAGACAAAAGCUGAUGUCUCCACCACCACUGCCUCUGAGCGCUGACGAGGCCAUGUUCUGGUGCUGUGUGAAUCAGCAGAAACAAUUCAAGGAUCUCCGUUUCCUACCUCCAUCCUCUCUCUCUGCCCUUCUUCCUCUUUUCAUACUCGGCCCGGAUGUUCUCAGCGUUUGUUUUUACAACUUUUUACUCCUUUCCUUUAGCUGCUUUGCUCAUCUUCCGUGUUCCCCCCGGCUCUUCUCCUUCUUCUUGUUUUCUCUUUGCUAAUGCCACUGCCCUCUGUGUAAACGCAUUAAUCUCAGUGAGAGGAGUUGCAAACCCCGGAUAAGGACGUUUUUUUUUUCUGUUUUUUUUUUCCUUUGGACUUGUGAUAUUAAAAUAGACCUGAAAUUGUCUU